CUCUCUGCCCAUUGGCCAUUAAAACCCAAAAACCAAGGAGCUCAGCUCAUUGUCCAUUCCUGAAAAAAUGUGCAAUUGGGGUAAUGCCACUCAGGUCCAAGGAGUGGAAUGCAGCAAUAAACAAAAUGACCCAGAAGCAGUUGCCCAAACCAUCCCCAUGAAAAGGCUCAGAGACACCAUUAUCAACCUAGCAAGCUCCAAACGAGGACACCCAGUGUCAAUGGAGGCAACCAAGCGCAUUGAAGCUCUCCUUCACCAAAUCUUUCCUGUAUUCAAAACCCCAGAUCACCCUCCUUAUUCAGAGAUGAUAUACAAAGCUAUUGAAGCAUUGGAUGAAGGUGAAGGUUCAAGCAAAGCAUCAAUAUCAGCCUUCAUUAAGUCAAACUACCAUGACUUGCCAUGGGCUCAUGAGAGUUUCCUCACUUGCCAUCUUACCAAGCUGAUUGAGAAAGAUGAAAUCUUUUUGGCUCCUAGCAGCAGUUGCAACAUGUUCAGGAUACGAAAACAUAAAGAGCCUGCAAAUCAACAACAUGAAAAAGAAGGUGAUGAUGGGUCUGAGAUUUUGUCGAUCAAGCCUCUUACUACUGUGAUGGUUCGGCUGAAGAAGAGUGGGAGGCCUUCGAAACCGAAAGAAAGAAAGCGGAGAGGGAGACCACCGAAGAAAGAAGCAGUGAUGAAGAGAGGAGGAGAGGAGAGCCGAAGAGGGCAAGGCGUGGUGGUGGUGGCUCCUUGUCCUCCGGUCAUGCCUUCCAUCCUUGCAUGAACACGAGAUUAUUAUUGUUGCGUGUGUGAACUGUGUCCACUGUCCACUUCUUUUUUGUCUUUAUUUGUUUUUUGUUUUUACUUUUUAUGACCAGAAGUUCUCUUUUCUGUUUCACAACUUGAUGAAGUAAAUUGUCAUUAAUGGGCAAUAAAAGCAGAGAGAGCGAAGCCCAUGGAAAAGUGGUUAUCCAUUCUCACAA